CUCUCUCUCUCUCUCUCUCGCUCUCGUUAUUCUAUUUCAGUGAACUCCGACCAACCAAGACCUCUCUCUCUCUCUCUCUCUCUCGGGGCGGACACAAAUGCGAACACAAACCACGGGCUUAAAGCUUCUCUCUGCAAUGUCGAAGAAAUAUCCAUCCUCGGAGAUCAAUCUCUUCUUGUUGGCAGCACCUGCGUUGCUCCUUCUCUGCACCGCUCUGUUACUACUUCCUUCGUCCUCACUCGCCGACUCAGAUCGGCUCGACCCCAAUAACUCCACCCAGUCUAAUGUCUCUCUUUCUAAGCCCAAAGAAGGCAGCUUCGCCCAAAUGAUUGAUCAAGCCCUCGCCAACGAAUUCCCCGAGAACGAUCAGCCAGAAGCGGCUGAUGCUGGAGGCUUCAACAACAGUGUUGCUGAACGGCAGGCAGUUCUGGAAACUGUAGCCAGAGUUAAGCCAAAGAAAAAUGACACAAAGGAGGAAAAGUCAUUCCAACUGCAUCAUGUUUUUAAUCUCGAUUCUGAUAAUAGAGCCGAAGAUACACCAACACUAAUAGAUCGAAAGGACAAUGUCUUUAUCAUAUCUAAUUUUAAAUCAAAAUAUCCAGUUCUGCAGCUAGACAUAAGAUUGAUAUCGGAUUUGGUAGUUGUUAUUGUCUCAGCAACUUGUGGUGGCAUUGCCUUUGCUUGUGCUGGACAGCCGGUUAUCACUGGAUAUUUGCUUGCGGGAUCUUUGAUUGGACCUGGAGGAUUUAACUUUGUCAGCGAAAUGGUUCAGGUUGAAACAGUGGCUCAGUUUGGUGUUGUUUUUCUUCUUUUUGCGCUGGGCCUGGAGUUCUCCACAACAAAGCUUCGAGUUGUUCGAGCUGUUGCUGUUCUAGGGGGCCUGCUACAAAUUUUCCUGUUUAUGUGCCUGUGUGGUAUUACAGCCUCGUUGUCUGGUGGUAAAGCUUCCGAGGGGGUAUUUGUUGGCGCAUUACUUUCAAUGUCUUCAACAGCAGUGGUAUUGAAGUUUCUGAUGGAAAAAAACUCUACUAAUGCGCUUCAUGGCCAAGUAACCAUCGGCACCCUUAUUUUGCAGGACUGUGCCGUGGGUUUACUGUUUGCUUUGCUUCCAGUUCUGGGAGGGACUUCUGGUGUCCUUCAAGGAGUGAUGUCCAUGACUAAAGUGCUGGUGAUGUUAAUUACAUUUUUGGCUGUUCUAUCAGUAUUAUCCCGUACCUGUGUUCCCUGGUUACUUAAACUCAUGAUAAGCCUAUCAUCACAGACCAAUGAACUGUAUCAAUUGGCAUCAGUUGCAUUCUGCUUGCUUGUAGCCUGGUGUAGUGAUAAGCUGGGGCUAAGUCUAGAACUGGGCUCCUUUGCUGCUGGAGUGAUGAUAUCAACAACUGAUCUUGCUCAACACACACUAGAACAAAUCGAACCCAUUCGCAAUCUUUUUGCGGCUCUUUUCCUCGCUAGCAUUGGAAUGUUGAUCCAUGUUCAAUUUCUCUGGAACCAUGUGGAUAUAUUGCUAGCAUCUGUUAUUUUGGUGAUCGUUGUAAAGACAAUCAUAAUUUCUACUGUUGUCAAGGGAUUUGGUUAUAACAACAAAACUUCUCUUCUUGUUGGAGUGUCUUUGGCACAGAUAGGGGAAUUUGCUUUUGUUCUUCUCAGUCGUGCUUCGAAUCUGCAUCUAGUUGAGGGGAAAGUGUACCUGUUGCUUCUUGGAACUACCGCUCUAAGUCUGGUGACAACUCCUCUGCUUUUCAAGUUAAUUCCUGCUGUUGUUCACCUUGGUGUGUUGGUACGGUGGUUCUCCCUCAACAGCUCUGUUGAGGUAUUUACUAGUAUACAAUUAAAAGAUUCAGAUAGGAUUAAAAGGAGAUAACCUCCGGUCAGAAAGUGCAAAGCAGCGUGCUAUAUUGAUCGACCAAGGACCUCAUGAUUCAUGACAUUUAUGAACUGAAAGCAAUUUCAGUAUGAUUUAAAGGACACAUUUGUACUAUAGCACUCGCUUUUCCAACAGACUCUGGUGAAGUUUAUUACAUUUCUUUCACUAUACAAAAGCUUUUUCCAUGAUCAUCGCUGUUGCCUGCUACUGAUUUGACCAAAGAUCAACGAAUCGAUUCGAGUUGAGGAAUUGUAAGAUCGGGAAAGAGGUAAUCUAACUGCUGAAAGGACUAACAGUUGAAGCUUUCUUUAUUUGUGAUUCACCUGUCUCCACUGCAUGACCUAUUUGUGGAGAACUAUUCUUUUCAAAUGUAACAUAGUUUCAGUUUUGUAAUCUAGAGUGGCAAUUUUUGUUCAUAGAUGAUUUCAAAAAAUGUAUCCAGGCUUGUUUGUUUUGUUA